AUGAUUGCUGAAAUGUAGAGUAAUGAAGAUCUAUUAGUAAUGUGUAGAAUCUGUGAAAAAUAGGUAUGAAUGCUCUAUUACAUGUUUAGACAGAUGCUUCAUUGAUUGAGAAUCAUUUGGUUAAUUGUUAAGAAAUCUUUGAAGCUAGAAAGCAAUUGCAUUAAUUGGAUGUAUAAAUACAAAAGUUGGCCGAGUUGGCAUAAAAUAGCUUUAGGACACUAAAUACAAAAUAUCAAAUUCAUAAGUCUAAAUAGGCUAGAUAUACAAACCAUGAAAAUCGAGGGAUGAGAAGUAGUGCUCCAUUGUAAUUGAAUCAACCAGAAGAUUGUACAAGUGAAGAAACAGGUUCAAGAACAAACAAGGUAAAUGUAAACAUGUAUAAUAAUAGUGUACUGUGAAAUCAAGGUUUGCAAAUAUAGGAACAAGCUUAGCAAAUAAUGAAGUUUCUGAGGAUUAACCUGAAUAGGAAUGUGUGAUUUAGAUUGUUUAAGAAAAUAUUACAGGAGAGGAUCUUGAACGAAUAAUGAAACAAUAGAUUAAAUUAUCAAAGAAAAUAGAAUAAUAGAAAUAAGGAAUUAAGUUUGCACAUUCUCCUUCUCCAGAAUUCAAAUAAAUUAGUUCUCCAUUAUCAAAUGGAAUGGGGAGUCCAUUCUCUCUUGAGUACUUUAUAAUGAAUAUCAAUUAGUGAUAAUAAUGAAAUUUUAAAAGAUUUGAGAUUACAGUUAAACUCUCUUUCGAUAAUUACUAAAUAUACUGAAGAAACUCUUAAAACUCAUCAUGGUACUUAAUCAAUUUAAUUUGAUCUUAAAAUAUAAGUUGAAUUGUUCAACAUCAAACAUACACUAUAAAAAGAAGUAUAAGAUCUUGUAAAAAUGACUUUGAAAUUAAUUGAAGUAAAAUUGAAAAAUAUUUUAUAAUUUUAGGAAAAGGUUUAAUGUACAUAAAAAAUUUCAAGAUUACAAAAAUUGAUAUCUGAAGAAGAUAAGCUUGAAAAUCUUACUUCUCCUCUUCGUAUUAAGAAUAAUAAAGUUGAAACUGGAAAUCGUAGAACUUCUUUAGGUAAUUCAUUAUAAGAACAUUUUGAAAUGUUAAAAAAUAGUUCUAAUGGAUCUAAAUGGUUAAAUAAGUAAAAUAUUAUAUCUAAAUUUGAUAAUAAUCAAUAAGUUUAAUCCAAAACUUUUACUGAAGGUGUAGGAAAAGAUUGUAUCUUUUAAAAAUGUUUAAGUGAAUCUGAAGAUGCAGGAGAAAGUAGUAAUUAAUCAGAUUCAGAAGAUGUAACAUCUAAAGAAAUCAAAAAUAAUAUUACUAAGAAAUCACUUGAAGAAUCUUUUGAAAUGGAAGAAUUUGUUAAACAAUCAAAAAGCAAUAUAAUUUCAUUUAAAGAUUUAAAUUAAAAUGAUAUAGUAUUAGAAAAAUGUGAUUUUGAUAAUGAAAAAGAAUAGAAAGUUAAAGGAUAUUAUAGUGAUGGAGAUUUCAAAACAACUAAAUUAGUUAAAAAUAAAUAAUUGUAUAAAAUAUUAAUUAUUUUAGAUUAAAUGUAACACUAUAAGAUUUUGAAUUUAUAUAAGUAUUAGGUGUUGGAGCUUUUGGUGCAGUGUGGUUAGUUUGUAAAAAAAAGACUAAAGAUUAUUAUGCAAUGAAAGUUAUAGAUUGUAGAAAUAAGAAUAUAAAUGAAAUUUAAAAUUUAAGAGCAGAAAAAAAUGUAUUUGAAAUUUUAGAAGGUGAUUUUGUAGUAAAAGCCUAUUAUUCUUUUAUUUAAGAUAAUUGUUUAUUAUUUUUAUUAGAAUAUAUGAUGGGGGGUGAUUUUAGUUAAGUACUUUAUUAAUAUGGACGUAUUUCAGAAUCAUUAGCUAAAUUUUAUUUAGCUGAAUUAUUAUUAGCAAUUGAAUCAUUACAUAAAAAAGGAAUUAUUCAUAGAGAUUUAAAACCAUAAAAUAUAUUAUUAGAUGCAUAAGGUCAUCUAAAAUUAGCUGAUUUUGGAUUAUCUGAAAUUGCUUUAGUAUAAAAAAUUAAAGAAGGAAAAGAUGGACUUAAUUGUUCAAUAGAUCCUGAAGCAUUACCUAUGAAUGUAUCAAAAAGAAAUAUUAAAACAAAAUGUAAUAUAGAAUUUCAUUUACAAAAUACUACUAGUAAGUCAAGUAUUUAAGAACGUACACAAUCAGGAAAAAGAUAGAAUAGAAUUAUUGGAACUCCUGAUUAUAUUCCACCUGAAGUUAUUUGUGGAUUAUCUAUAUCAAAUUUUUCAAUAGAUUGGUGGGCUUUUGGUGUUAUUGCAUAUGAAUUUUUAGUAGGAAUUCCACCAUUUAAUGAUUCUAGUAUUCCAAAAGUGUUUGAGAAUAUAAUGAAUAGAUUUAUAGAAUGGCCAGAGAUAGGCAAUGAAGAAGAUAUGAUGAGUUAAGAAGCCUAUGAAUUAAUUAAUUCAUUAUUAGAACCAUAAUAUCAUAAGAGACUUGGACAUACAGGUGCUGAAGAAUUAAAAUGUCAUAAAUUUUUUAAUGGAAUUGAUUGGAAUAACAUUAGAAAUUAAGAAGCUCCUAUGAUUCCAAUAAGAGAUUUAGAUUAAUUAGAAGAUGAAGAGAGUAAUAUCACAAAGAAAAAGAAUGAAGAAGUAAAAAUGAAGGAUAGAUUACAGUCAGUAUAAGUGUCACAUGAUGGAAAUUUAGAUGAUGUAGCCAAUCUUACUAGAGUUGAUCUAUUAGCUAAGAUUAGUUAAAAGGAUGCUGAGAAUGUAAUGAAAAAAAGAUCGAUUCGGAAGACUAUUUAACAAUUUCUAUGA